AGAUCUUCUGUGUCUCUUCCUUCAGUCCACAGCCAUCAUGAGCAGGAUCAUGAGGCGUCUCCAGCGCCUCUUCUGCCGUGGAAGCUGGGACGAGGAGAGCGACACGAGAGGGGAGAAACUCCGGCAGAUCCCGAGAGAGAUACGAGAGCUGGAGAGAGAGAUGGAGCUAACGCAGAAGGAAAUGAAGAGAAAGGAAAAGGAAAGAGAGAAGAAGCUGGACAAGAAGAGAAAGCAGAAGGAAAGGAAAAGGAGAGAGGAGGAGGAGAAGAGAGAGGAACUGACUCGGGGGAUCCUUCAGUUUUAUAGAUCCAGCCGGACCGAGAGGCUGGAACUGGAGAACCCGUGGGAGCUUGAGGAACAGAGAUCUCGGGCGAGAGAGAUAGAGGACGUGUUGGAGAGAGAGAGACUUUAUGAGGAACGUCCUGGAAAAGUCCUGUUUCAACAGACGUCCACAAAGCUCAGUGGACGACAAAGACGAUACGCAGUGCAGGACACGCCGAUGUUCUUAGAAGGACAGGCCGACCUGGUUGACCAGAUCAGAUCGACUUUACUGGAUCUAACGGAGCUCGAGCAGCAACAACAAAGAGCCGAUUUUGAACUUAGAAAAAGGACGCUGGACGACAUUCAGAGUGAGGUGGAUCAGUUAAAGAAACUGGCCAUGAACCUCCAGAACAAGUACAGCGUCCAGCAGGAAGACGUGACGAAGGUCCGAGCAGAUCCGAAGGUCAGAGGGCUUAAAAAUAUCGAGUUCACGGUGAAAGUGACCGAGCCACAGGAACAACGGUUGACCAUGGACGAAUUUAAGAAAGAGAGAAGAACAAAUGUAGGAGAGCAGAAAGAGGAGAACCAGCACGGCUAUUUAAACAUCAGUGAGCUGAAGCAGGAGCUCAAGCUGAUAAAGUCUGAAGCAGAACUGAAGUUUAAGUCUGGUUUAACUGGGAGAAUCAGGAGCACAAAACAUCAGGAACAACUGGAGAUUAAAGCAGAAAUGGCCAUGCUGGGUCGGUCUGAGAAAAACAGACAAGAUGAACGUCCAGAGGAACGUCCAGAGGAACGAGAGAGGGACUUUAUGAGACAGAUAAGAGAAAUGGAGAGAAAGAUAGAGGAGAAACAUGAGCUGGAUCUGAGAAGAGAGAAGGAGAAAUGGAAGGAGGAGAUGAAAAAGCAGAAGGAAAAGUACCGACUCAAGUUUCAGAAGAUUUUCAGGACUGAGAAAGAAGAGAACAGAACCAGACGAGAACAUGAGAGAGCAGAAGAGAUGAAGCAGCAAAGUGAAUCGGAACUGCUUCAGGAGAAUCUGAGAAGAGAAAAUGAGCGGCUCCAAGAACUGCAGAGAAUUAAAGAGCUGCAGGAGAAAGAGGAGGAGCUGGAGAGAGAAAGAAAGCUGAUGGAGGAAAAGCAAAGAGAGAGAGAAGCCGAGCUGAGAGAGAUGAUGAGAAAGCUCAAGGAUGAGAGAGAAACAAGUAAGAGAAAGGAGAAGGAAUGGAAACAAAAAGAGCAGGAGGUGACGUCUCAUCUCCAUGAAAUGGAGAGAAAAGUAAAGGAGGAGAAUGAAGAAAGAAGAAAGAAAAUGAGGAGCGAGGCUGAAAGAUUUGAGACGGAGAGCCGCCUGGUGGAGGAGCCAAGACGAGAAGUUCAGUCAAAGGCUCGUCUCAGGAGAAAGAAGGAAACAAUGAUUGAGGAGAAAGAGAGGAGCUGGAAAGAAACAAGGAGAAAGAUGGAAAAGGAGGAGGAUGAAGAGAGGAGAAAGAAAAUGAGAAGCGAGGCUGAAAGAUUUGAGACAGAGAGCCACCUGGUAGAGGAGCAGAGACGAGAAGUUCAGUCAAAGGCUCGUCUCAGGAGAAAGAAGGAAACAAUGAACGAGGAGAAAGAGAGGAGGUGGAAAGAAACAAGGAGAAAGAUGGAGGAGGAGGAGGAGGAGAAUAAAAUUGAGAUAAAGGAGCUAAAAGAGAAGAUGAUAGUGACAGACAGUGACAUGGAGAAGGAGAAAGAGAAUGAGAUGAGAGAGGAGAAGGAGGAGAGAAUGAUGCUGGAGAAAAGAGAAAGCACGAUGGAUGGAGCAGAAAAUCCUGAGAUGAAGAUGAUGAGGAGGAGGAGGUCUGAGGAGAAAGAAGAGACAGAAAUAAUAAAGGAGGAGGAAAGAAGGAGAGAGAACAGACAGGAGCACAAGAAGAAGCGAGAGAAGCAGAAAGAGAAAGAGCUGCAGAGAGAACCUGCAAAUCAUCAGCAGGAGACAAAGCGGCUUAGAAAGAAGAAGGAGAAACAGGCGGGAGAGGAGGAGAAGGAGGCGCAGAACAAGAAGGAAAAUAUAAAGAAGGAGGAGGAGAACAAUGAGAAGCUUCUGGACCAGAACGUUCUGCAGCCUGAUCCAGAUUCUCUACCCAAAGAUCCGACGGUCAUUACCCGCCGACCUCUCGUACCAAACCCAGACCCCACAGGACACAAGUCUCACCAAAGCCUGGACUCUCGGUCUGUGAGACCUAAACGUAAUGCUGCUCAAAGUAAAGCUGAGAACAUGAAGCUCAAUCUGAGCUCCGACACCACACGACACGAGACCGGUCAGUGCCCGGGUCCUCCGGCUGCCCUCGGCGCUUCUCGACCUCCAGAGGAGAGAGUGAGUGCCGAGACGGGCGCGGAGAAGGUACCAGAGCGAGACGAUCCACAAGUCAUCAAGCAGAAUCAGAAGAACGAAACCUGCUGCGAAGAUGCCGCCAGUGGAAAAGAGAAAAAGAAAGAGAAUGAGAUGAGAGAGGAGAAGAGGGAGAGAAUGAUGCUGGAGAAAAGAGAAAGCACGAUGGAGGGAGCAGAAACUCCUGAGAUGAAGAUGAAGAGGAGGAGGAGGUCUGAGGAGAAUGAAGAAACAGAAAUAAUAAAGGAGGAGGAAAGAAGGAGAGAGAACAGACAGGAGCACAAGAAGAAGCGAGAGAAGCAGAAAGAGAAAGAGCUGCUAAGAGAACCUACAAAUCAUCAGCAGGAGACAAAGCAGCUUAGAAAGAAGAAGGAGAAACAGGCGGGAGAGGUGGAGAAGGAGGCGCAGAACAAGAAGGAAAAUAUAAAGAAGGAGGAGGAGAAGAAUGAGAAGCUUCUGGACCAGAAAGUUCUGCAGCCUGAUCCAGAUUCUCCACCCAAAGAUCCGACGGUCAUUACCCGCCGGCCCCUCGUACCAAACCCAGACCUUCACACAGGACACAAUCCUCACCAAAACCUGGACUCUCGGUCUGUGAGACCUAAACGUGAUGCUGCUCAAAGUAAAGCUGAGAACGUGAAGCUCAAUCUGAGCUCCGACGCCACACGACACGAGACCGGUCAGUGCCCGGGUCCUGCGGCUGCCCUCGGCGCUCCUCGACCUCCAGAGGAGAGAGUGAGCGCCGAGACGGGCGCCGAAAAGGUACCAGAGCGAGACGAUCCACAAGUCAUCAAGCAGAAGCAGAAGAACGAAACCUGCUGUGAAGAUGCCGCCAGUGGAAAAGAGAAGAAGUCCGAACACAGGAGCACGCCGGGCCUCGUGGUGGAGUGGGUCAGUCAGAAGAUAAAGGAACGCUACCAGAGGAAGAUGAAGAAGAGCUUGAGGAGAGAGCAGCUACAUGGGAACAAAUUCUACGUCAUCAAUACUAAUGGUUUCUGGUUUGAAAAGGUAAAUGUGGCCAAAUUUGAGCAGAAGAAACGAAAGCAGCUGCAGAAGAAGGAGCAGAUGUGCCAGAGGGUUCAGAAUUUCGUCAGGAAGUUGGAGGAGAAAAGGGCCACGAAAAAGGAGGAGAAGAAAAAAGAGAAGAACAUGAACAAGAAGGAGCUCCAGCAGCCUGGUUCCACCUCUCCAGGCCCCGGAGAAGCUCUCACACCGAGCCCAGAACCUGAUCCUCCAAAAUGUAAAGCUCGGAUCAUCUUCGUCAGGCCCAUCCAUCCGAGGCCCAAACCCACCAAUGACGGGUCCCGAUCACGCCUGGACCUCCCGCCUGUGACCUGACGAGGGAAGAAAAGCUGCUGUGAGGUUUCCUGAGAGAGAACCAGGAUUCUCCUGAGGUUUCUCUCAUCAGAUGCUGGAGGGGAAGAAGAAGAGAAAGAAGAAGGAUCUCCAAGCUUGAUCAAACCUGGACCAGAACAUCAGUGUUUCUUAAUAAAGCUCCUUAAUAAAAA